AUGAACUUUGAUAUAUACAACUUUGUCGACUACAAUCAGUUCUUUAAGAACUUGUUGUCAAAGAGCAUGCCAGCAGGCGAGUACAAUGCAGUCGGUACAAUAGUGUCAUCUUCACCACAACAACAACAACAACAAGGACAACAAGUACAACAAGGACAACAGGGACAACAAGGACAACAACAGAGAGAUAACAAGUCACCAUCUGUUAUAAGAGCACCUUCAUCACCAUCAUCUUUAUCAUCAUCAAUCGACAGCGAGUUCCCCAAUCAACAACAGCUACCUCAAGUCGUGAACGAGAAGAAGGAGUACUGCUAUGGACUUGGACAGCGAACCCCUGAAGUACCCUUCAUCUUCACCAAGUUGACCAACCAAACGACAAACUGCUUUGAAUGCCUCGAGUAUGAUACACCAAUCAUAAAGAAUGAGGAGGGCAAUGUUAUUAGUGCAUUCGAUUACAUAUUUACGGACUUCUUUCGCGAGAACACUCUAAAGUUGACGAAUGGCUCAUUCAAGUGUCAGUUGGACUCUUGUCGAUUCAACAAUGAGAAGGAUACAAUCGAUCACAUGCGAACUGAACACAAGUCACAGAUACUACACAUGGUUGCAUUGCUUGCUGAAGAUGAUGGCACUUCAUACAUGGGCAACUUCUUUUCAAAGUUGAUGUACUCGGAUGCACUUUAUUCGAUUCAGCCGGCAGCGAUCAGACCGGAUAGUAGCGAAGCUUUGUUGGAGUAUUGUAGCGUGGUGGCACCGACUUUGCCUCCAAUCAAGACGGACGAGAAGGACAAGGCAAAGAGAAAGACUAAAAAGUCAAAGAAGGCCAAGUUGAAGCCAAAGGUACCGCUGCCCAGCAACUUCCCGCGUGACGAACUCUCUGAAUUCACUCGCUCGCUCUUUGGCCAGUCCAAGGUGCCCAUAAACGACAACAUCACACGUACUCAACUCAAGAAAGUGAACGAAGCAUUGGCCGCCAACAAAGGAGAGACUGAGGAAGCGCGAAUGAAGAAGGAACAAGCGAUAUUCAAUGAGACGAUUGCAAAGAUUAGGAAUGUACAGCAACAACCAGAGAAGGAGAAGGAGGACGCAGCAUCAAUCAAACAACAGCAAUUGGAGAAGGAGAGACUGGAGAAGGAGAAAGAGGAUGAGAAUGCGCAGUUGGUGGACGAGUUGGCAGACCUGAUAAUUGACGAGGUGGUCGAGGAGUUGACCACGAACAUCGUCAAGAAGAUAUCCACGGACGAGAAGAAGAAGCGAGCCAAAGAGUUGGAGAAGGAACGCGAGAGGGAGCAGAGAGAGCGCGACAGGGAGCAGAGAGAACGUGAUCGCGAGCAGAAAGAGCGUGAUCGCGAGAAUGAGGACCUCAGGAAAGAGAAGGAGGAGAAGGAGCACCAACUCAAACUUGAGCGACAGGCCUUUGAAGAGACACUUCAAACCGCCAUCAGCGACCUUGCCGAAGACUUCCUCGAUGAAAUCAUCGGUGAUGAAGUGGUCUCACUCAUCUCACAGACCUACCAUGAACACCUCGCGUGGAAAGAACAACAGCAUAGACAACAACAGCUGCAGUUGGCAAAGGAGAAGAAGACGAAGCUUAAUGUGAAGUCUAGUACACCACCACCUCCUCAACCGACUCCACCGACUCUCAGCGAUGUUCCAGCACCAAUCUCACAACAACAUGCCAUUGCGAGGCAACCCACUCCAGAGAUAUCUGUUUCCGCGCCAAUCACCCUUCCUCCAGCCGGUGCAUCCUAUGCCCAA